CGGAGGCUGCAGCUCACUGUACAACGGGUUGGAGGACCGUCACACGACGGUUGGCUGGUGCUAGGCUAUAGCUGUUUGGUUGUGCGGGUAGAGAGGUAGCAGCCAGACCUACAGGGUGCCUAGGCUGGCGCUUAGGGAAGCACUUGGCUGACGGUGCGAAGGGACAUUGCAGACAGGAGGGGGCGUGGCCGUGGCGGCGUUGAUUUGCCGAUGGUGGGCGUGGUCAAAUAGCACCAGACUAUAGGGUGGGGGCCGUAGUGGCGCGACAGCUAAAACCCGAGGCAGGCGCAGGACAGGUGCCGGGUAGACGCGGAGCGCGUGUUCUCAGCCCAGCGGAGCCAUGUCUGAUCCAGCUCAGCAAUCUGCUCCCAGGGCCCCAGAAGGGGGUGCUCUUGGUGGGGGUCCCCCUGGGCCUCCCCCCAACAUGAGUAGUAACCUUCGGCUGCAGCAGUCCCAGGCCCAGAUGGAGGAGGUGGUGAGCAUAAUGAGUGUGAAUGUGGAGAAAGUGCUGGAUCGAGACAUAAGGCUUACCGAGAUGGAUGGCAAGGCAGAGGCACUUGAGGCUGGUGCCUCAGUGUUUAAAACUAGUGCAGGAAAGCUAAAGAGGAAGUACUGGUGGAAGAACUGUAAGAUGAUGAUCAUGCUUGGAGUGAUCUGUGCCAUUGUGAUGGUGGCGAUUGUACGUAAGUACCAUAUAGAAUCUGAAUGGAGGGUCAGGGAGCCCCCAAGUCUUGGAAAAUGCCACCGUCUCCCUUUUGGUUAAGGGACUGAAGGUCUGAGAGUACCCUGCAUGUUCAAGUGGUAGCUUCUGCCUUCUGGUUAAGGGAAAAGGUACCUUCCAAAUGCCUGGUGAAGGGUGGAGUAUCUGGGAAACUCUACAGGGAAAUGGUAUGUUCGAAAUAGCAUAUAAAGGACCCAAUCUGAGAGCUCUUCCCAUUUGGGGGGAAAUGGGACCUUCCCUCUACUGGGACAGAGGAGUUCUUCCCCCAAGUGUGAAAGGCAUGGGAGUGGAAGGGUUGGGAAGUCCCUAACUUGGCUGGGGGUUUGUAGGCCUCAAUUGCCUACUGUGGGGACCUUGGUAUAACUUGCCCUCUUGUUUUCUCCUUUCUCUUUUCCUUCUGUUGCAUUCUGUAUCCAGUUUACUUUUGUACUUGAGAAUGUGACCCUUCAGUCUGCAGUCCACCUUCCCCUCUUCCUGUCUCCUUCCUUGCCCACACUCCCCCCUCCAUGUGGCUGCUUCAUCUUCAGUUCUUUUGUUGGUUUUGUUUGUCUUCUGUGUAAGAUUCUGAAGCAACUCUCCUGGACCUAGGUUUAACGCCUUCAACAUCUGCUGCAGCCUCAGGGAGGGUCAGCUCACUUGGGGGGGUAAGGGGGGGGAAGAUGUUGCUUCCAUUCUUAUGUUUGAGGGUAACUUUUUUUUUUUUUUAAUCCGAAUUUGAGUGAGGCAUGGCUUAGGUGUCACCUUCAUCACAGCUGUACCUAAAGGGUGUACUUCAGCAAUUUGAGCUUCCUCAAAGCAUUUCCCUGGCAGUGAUGAUCCUAGAGAGCAGGAGGGGGACUCCAAUGUGAAAUUGAUUAGAGUAGUGCCUCACCUCAGAGGAGAGCAUCUGGCCUCCGCUCUUGUGGAGUUUCCCUUUAACUGCUGAAGUCUAAACUAGUUUAUGGUGGUCACUUAUCCUUCAGCUUCCCACAAAUAGUGAUGAGUUGUGUCUUGCUCAUGUUGUGGCAGCUCUCAGCUUCAUAGAAUGCAACAGGAAGGGUUGAUGAUCCUUUUUCCUACACCACAAGGACAACAGCAAUUGUUAUAUCGGGGGUUGGUAUUCCUGUAACAGGUACAGACUUGUCAGGAUGUCAUCCUGGUUAGCUACUGGAAUGCAUUUUACUGAGGAAGUCCAGGGCGUGGAGGGAACAGGACUGGUAGAGGGAGUGAGAGGGAAUUCUGGAUUUUUCUUGCUUCAUCAAGCUGUGUGCCUCUUUCUGUUGCGUGAAGGGAGACAUGGGUUGGGGAGUCCCAGGUGGGGGGAGUCUCUGUUGCUUAAAUAGUCAGCUGAGCAACUGCAUCCUGUGUGUAUUUCUGGGCAAGUCCCCAUCUUCUGCUCUGUUCUUUCUCCAAAGCCUCAUUCUCAAGGAGUUACAAAAAAUGGUAGUAAAGUAGAGUUCUGCGCUGAGAAAGAGCUUUGGGAAAAUGUCUUGAACUCAAUAUUUAGCAACUCUUGGAUCUCAGCAAAUCUGCUUGGUUCACAAGCUUAAAACUUCUCUAUAUGCGAAUGCUACAAACUCUAGUUUAGACUUUUGAGUCCAGACUGGGCUCUCCAAGGUUUCUGGGAAGGUGGGGAGUUGGGAGCAGGUGAAACUGUAUAACCUACUGUGGGUAAGUCACUUCUUUUGUGCCCCCAUUUUCCCAUCUGUGAAAAGAGCUACACCGCUCCUCUGAGUCCUUGAAGUGUUGUGGUGAAUUCUGUGGAUGAAAUGAGCUGCACAGUUUGUGUGCAAGUCCCUACAGAACCUCUUGUGAGUAUUUUGUUCUCAAACAGAACCACUGAGGGAAGAGUGUAGGGAGAAGGAGCAAUGCUCCCUGUAUUCUGCACCAAAAGGAAGGCUUCCUCAGUUCAGGGAGCCCUGGCUAUGAAUUAGAAUGCACUGGGACUUAUGUGCAGGACCAAUGAUGCUGGGAAGAGGGAUGCCAUCUGUGGGGCUUCAUGGGUGUAAGGUAGACGGAAUGCUAGUAAAGGAAGAAAAGACUCUCUUGCAAUAGGACAUUCUGGGAAGGGUAUGGGUUUUGCUUGCUCAUCUCCAUGAACCAGCAUUUCAUUUGCGCUGAGUCCAUAUCCCUGUAAUUCCCCAUCCCUCCCCACCUUGGGGAUGGCAAAACUGAAGAUCUGGAGUGAAGUGGCCCUUGUUCUUUGAGUGCUUCCCACUAUCCUCUGUUGAAUUGAGCUGUGGAGAUGGAUGGACAGAAGUACAUCUGCUGAAGAGGAGCUAGGGCCUGAUUGUGCUGAUGCCAUAAUUUGUGGGGAGGGCAAGCAAGAUGAUGCAGGGCUCCCAAGCCAGCAGGUAUUGCUCAACCUUUCUUGGACAAGCCCUCCCCCAUCCCUCCUGUUCCUCCGGGGCUGAGGCCUCUGGGCUGUUUCUUCCAUUUAUCUUUCUGUUGGGGAUUUGUAUGUUGUGCCCCUCUUUCUGGUUCUUGGUGUGUGGGCAAAAAAAAUUUCCCCACCCCUGUCGUUCUGAGCCUAAAGCAAGGAACUUCCUUCCCUGUCCACGUGGCUUCAGUGGCUGUCUCACACAUGUGUGAUUUGUGUCUUUUCUCUAUUAAACACAACUGUAACCUUCUCAUUGGGCAUGUAUAGCACCCACCUCAUGUACUUUGAACUCUCUAUGCUAAUAAACACAGUUCCACUCCCUUA